CAGAAUCGCAAUGCUGAGCUUCUUGCACGCAAACCUAUGACGGAGUACGAGGCUCAGCUUCAGGCAGCCCUACUUCGCAGUAAUAACCAACUCAACUUACAAAAUGAAUGGAUGAUGUCCAUGCAGGCACAGAAUGUCCUGCAGGACUGGUACGCAAGAGAGGUCCGAGGCCAGCUCGAGUACAAAGAAGAAAAGGCUAGCACAAAGAAAUCAGCUCGUUUGCAUGUGGACGGCCGUGCAAAGCUUCUCACCAGCAAUGAAUUUACAAGCCUCGUUGAGCAGGCAAACACCAAAAAAGCAGAAGAGACUGCGGAGUUAGCAAGGAAGAGAGAUGCGAGGGUGACAGCAAAUCAGCGGCUAGCCACAGCGAUGAUCCGGUACGAUGCUGAGGUGAAAGGAAUUGAAGAGAAGAAUGAGCAGACACUAAAAGAGUGGGAGGCAUCAGUUCAAGAGUGGGAAAAGGAACGAGAUAUAGCACGUACAGAGCGAAGGAAGCCAGCAUGGACCAAGCCUUCAAAGCCCACGUAUACGUCAGGUGCACUUGUCAAACCUCCGGCAAAACCAAAA